AUGAGGAGGCCUACUCCAGUGGAUCGGGGAAGGAGAGCAGCCUGCACUUCCAGUGGACGGGAAGGAGAGAAGCCUACUCCAGUGGGCGGGGAAGGAGAGCAGCCCUGCUCCAGUGGAGCGGGGAAGGAGAGGAGCCUGACUCCAGUGGACGGGGAAGGAGAGCAGCCUACUCCAGUGGGAGCGGGAAGGAGGAAGCAGCCUACCUCCAGUGGACGGGGAAGGAGAGCAGCCUGCCCAGUGGACGGGGAAGGAGAGCAGCCUACCCAGUGGGCCCGAGGGAAGGAGAGAGCAGCCUACCCAGUGGACGGGGAAGGAGAGCAGCCUGCCUCCAGUGGGCGCGGAAGGAGAGCAGCCCCUGCCCCAGUGGGCGGGGAAGGGAGAGGAGCCUACUCCCGCGGGCCCGGGGAAGGAGAGGGAGCCUACCCCGUGGACGGGGAAGGAGAGCAGCCUCACGCAGUGGGCCCGGGGAAGGAGAGCAGCCUACUCCCGUGGACGGGGAAGGAGAGGAGCCUACUCCCGUGGGCGGGGAAGGAGAGGAGCCUACUUCCCGUGGACGGGGAAGGAGAGGAGCCUACUCCCAGUGGGCGGGGAAGGGAGAGCAGCCUACUCCAGUGGGCGGCGGGGAAGGAGAGCAGCCUGCUCCAGUGGACGGGGAAGGAGAGCAGCCUACUCCAGUGGACGGGAAGGAGAGCAGCCUACUCCCCGUGGACGGGGAAGGAGAGCAGCCUACUCCCGUGGGCGGGGAAGGAGAGCUUCAGCCUACUCCCGUGGAGCGGGGACGGGAGAGCAGCCUACUCCCGUGGACGGGGAAGGAGAGCAGCCUGCUCCCGUGGACGGGGAAGGAGAGCAGCCUACUUCCCGUGGACGGGGAAGGGGAGCAGCCUACCCCCGUGGACGGGGAAGGAGAGCAGCCUACCCCGCGUGGGACGGGGAAGGAGAGCAGCCUACUCCCACGUGGACGGGGAAGGAGAGCAGCCUCUUGCUCCCGUGGACGGAGAAGGCUUGAGCAGCCUGCUCCAGUGGACGGGGAAGGAGAGCAGCCCUACCUUCCGUGGACGGGAAGGAGAGCAGCCUACCUCCCGUGGACGGGAGGGAGAGGCAGCCUACUCCAGUAGAGCGGGGAAGGAGAGCAGCUUGGCCCAGUGGACGGGAGAGAGAAAGCAACACUCCAUAGCCAGA